UGCAUCCCUUUGAGGGUCGUGGGCAGACGCCAUUUUGGCCCCAGAGGUGUUUCUGGGAAGUAGAUCGCCGAGCCGCACGCCUGCUGGCCUGCCGGGUGCGGCCUCUUGUGUCGCGGCUUUUAGUGUUUGCGACUGCUGCUGCUGCGGUUUUAUUCUCCUCAUCCUCGAAACCCUCUAGUCGAGCGGGAACCUCUGAGCACUGGGCCGCGCCAUUGGGGUUCACACCGCCAGGAAGGAGGUGACGGGGGCGGCGCGGGGCGCGGACACUCCCCGCCGAGAGCCCGCCUGCCAUGGAUUCGGAAUAUUACAGCGGCGACCAGUCAGCAGAUGAUGGUGGCGCUACCCCAGUACAGGAUGAACGGGAUUCAGGGUCAGACGUUGAGGAUGAUGUAAAUGAGCAACACUCUGGAUCAGACACUGGAAGUGUAGAACGUCAUUCAGAGAAUGAACCUAGUGAUCGAGAGGAUGGCCUCAACAAAAGACAUCAUGUGACGGAUUCUGAGAAUGAUGACCCCUCAAACCUUAAUGCCAGUGACUCUGAAAGUGAGGAGCUUCAAAGGCAAAAGGACAGUGACUCUGAAUCUGAGGAGCAUGCAGAGCCUGUUGCAAGUGAUUCUGAAAAUGAGGACACUCAUCAGCGUGCGAGUGACUCUGAGAGUGAGGAGACCAGGAAGCUACCUGUCAGUGAUUCGGAAAAUGAGGACCUUCUUAAUGGGCACGCAACUGAUUCAGAAAAUGAAGAUGUUAGAAAGCAUCCUGCCAGUGAUUCAGAGAUGGAAGAGCUCCCCAAAAGUCCUGCUAGUGACUCUGAAACAGAGGAUGUUCUAAAACCUCAAAUCAGUGACUCCGAGAGUGAGGAGCCCCCACAGCACCAGGCCAGUGAUUCCGAAAACGAGGAGCUUCCCAAGCCUAGAAUUAGUGAUUCGGAAAGUGAGGAGCUUCCUAAGCCUCGGGUCAGUGACUCAGAGAGUGAGGAGCCUCAGAGGACUCAGGCCAGCGACUCGGAAAAUGAGGAGCUUCCCAAACCCCGUGUCAGUGACUCAGAAAGUGAGGACCCACCACGGCACCAAGCCAGCGACUCAGAAAAUGAGGAGCUUCCCAAACCCCGUGUCAGUGACUCGGAAAGUGAGGGACCCCCACGGCACCAAGCCAGCGACUCAGAAAAUGAGGAGCUUCCCAAACCCCGUGUCAGUGAUUCGGAAAGUGAGGACCCCCCAAGGAACCAGGCCAGUGAUUCAGAAAACGAGGAGCUUCCCAAGCCCCGAGUCAGUGACUCUGAGAGCGAGGAGCCUCAGAAGGGACCCGCCAGUGAUUCAGAAACUGAGGAUGCCUCCAGGCACAAAGAGAAGCCAGAGUCGGAUGAGGACAGCGAUGGGGAGAACAAGGGAGAGGAUGCAGAAAUGCAGAAGGACUCCUUUCGUUCAGAUAGCCAUAUAGACAGAAAAAGGAUCCAGAGUUCAGACAGUGAGGAGGAGGAACCCAAAAGGCCAAAAAUUGACAGUGACGAAGAUGAAGAAAAAGUCGGGGAAGAGGAGAAAGUAGCAAAGCGAAAAGCUGCUGUGCUUUCUGACAGUGAAGAUGAAGAGAAAGCAUCAGCAAAGAAGAGUCGGGUUGUCUCUGAUGCAGAUGACUCUGACAGUGAUGUUGUAUCAGAUAAACCAGGCAAGAGAGAGAAGACUCUAGCUUCUGACAGUGAAGAAGAAGCAGGAAAAGAAGAAUUGUCUGAUAAGAAGAACGAAGAGAAGGAUCUGUUUGGGAGUGAUAGUGAGUCGGGGAACGAAGAAGAAAAUCUUAUUGCAGACAUAUUUGGAGAAUCUGGUGAUGAAGAGGAAGAAGAAUUUACAGGUUUUAACCAAGAAGAUUUGGAAGAGGAAAAAAGUGAAACCCAGGUAAAAGAAGCAGAAGAUUCAGAUUCUGAUGAUAACAUAAAGAGAGGAAAACAUAUGGACUUUCUGUCGGAUUUCGAGAUGAUGUUGCAGCGGAAGAAGAGCAUGAGCGGCAAGCGCAGACGGAAUCGUGAUGGCGGUACUUUCAUCAGUGACGCCGAUGACGUAGUGAGUGCCAUGAUCGUCAAGAUGAAUGAAGCUGCCGAGGAAGACAGACAGUUGAACAAUCAAAAAAAGCCAGCACUGAAAAAAUUAACAUUAUUGCCGACUGUGGUCAUGCACCUUAAGAAGCAAGACCUUAAAGAAACAUUUAUUGACAGUGGUGUGAUGUCUGCCAUCAAAGAAUGGCUCUCCCCUCUACCGGAUAGGAGUUUGCCAGCACUAAAGAUUCGAGAGGAGCUGUUGAAGAUUCUACAAGAGCUACCUAGUGUGAGCCAGGAGACCCUGAAGCAUAGUGGGAUUGGACGAGCAGUGAUGUAUCUCUAUAAACACCCCAAGGAAUCAAGGUCCAACAAGGAUAUGGCAGGGAAAUUAAUCAAUGAAUGGUCUCGGCCUAUAUUUGGUCUUACCUCAAACUACAAAGGUAUGACAAGAGAAGAAAGAGAGCAGAGAGAUCUAGAACAAAUGCCUCAACGACGGAGAAUGAACAGCACUGGUGGCCAGACACCCCGAAGAGACCUGGAAAAGGUGCUGACAGGAGAAGAAAAAGCUCUCAGACCUGGAGAUCCUGGAUUCUGUGCCCGUGCGAGGGUCCCCAUGCCCUCAAACAAGGACUACGUUGUCAGACCUAAGUGGAAUGUGGAAAUGGAGUCAUCCAGGGUGACUUUCCUUGCCUCAGAAGAUCAGUCAUUCUUCAUGCCGGCACUGUUUGAAGUUUCAGGGGACCUCCAAGAAGGGUAUCAGUCGACUGGAUAAACAGAUGAGAAAGUUCACAGAUAUCAGGAAAAAAAGCAGAUCUGCACACGCAGUGAAAAUCAGCAUCGAGGGCAAUAAAAUGCCAUUGUGACCUUGCCUGGGAUGUGUCCCCAUCUCUAAGAAAUGCGCAAUGGACUCUUUGGAGAAAGAAGAGGAUAUUUUAAAUUUUUUUUUUUUUUUUAGUGUUUCUGUAAAUGCUUCUGCUUGUAUCAAAUGUCAUAGGACUUGCAUUUCUCUCACUUGUAUUUAAAACUGUUGUGUACUUUGUACAGAAGACUACUACUCAUACUUCUAUAAACUUUACACAAUAAAGUUCCAUUCUGGUUUUGG